AUGAACAGUCAACUAUCAGCCACGGCUCGCAAACCGAGCUCGUCGGGCUCUCUCGACGAGAAGCUGGACGAGAAGGAGCACAUCGACGUCGUCCCAGAGCUGCCUCAUGUUGAUGAGAAAGGGCUCUACGACACCAAGGUCCAUCCCGCCAGCUUGCACGGCUCAGAUAUCGGCGAAGUGUUCGCUGAAGGACCACGCCUAAUUGACCUCGGUGCUGAUGGAAAGGAACGGCCGAUAGAAACGGAUGCCGACUACUCGACCCGUCUAAUUUCUUUAGACGAUGACCCCACCUUGCCUAUCUGGACUUUCCGUAUGUGGUUCCUAUCCCUGGGGUUGUCGUGCUUUGGAGCAGUGCUGGGGCAAAUCUUCUACUUUCGUCCUCAGACGGUUUCAGUUAGCCAGCUUUUCCUCCAGAUUAUAUCGUAUAUUAUGGGAAAGGCGUUAGAAGAGAUCAUUCCCGGUCCACGCGAGAACGCGAGGGUCAGCACGCCUGACACUUGGUUCUGGAGGUUUAUGAAUCCAGGACCUUUCAAUAUCAAGGAGCAUGUCGCAAUUACGAUAAUGGCCUCGACCGCCUCAGACUCCGCGUUGGCGAUAAGCAUUUUCGCAGCGCAGGAUCUGUAUUACAACGUCAGGCCGAACGCUGCUGUCGGAAUCUUCACACUGAUAGGCUCUCAACUCCUUGGGUAUGGAACCGCCGGCAUCAUGAGGAGCUUCCUCGUCUAUCCUACGUUUGCUGUUUAUCCGCAGCUCAUGCCUACUGUUCAACUCUUCGACGCUCUCCAUCGUGGCCAAGAAGCUAUCAUGCAAAAGAAGCGGCUGAAAUUCUUCUGGGUUCUCUUUGUCGCUAUCUUCGUAUGGGAGUGGUUCCCGCCCCGUCCGUCUUCUCCGACGCUGACGGGCAUUAGUAUUUUUUGUCUGGCAAACCAGGACAGCGCUUGGUUCACUCGUAUAUUCGGCGGCGCUGCUGGUAACGAAGGUUUGGGCGCAUUCGCACUGUGCCUCGAUUGGGCAUAUGUCGGAGCUGGAGGGGGUUCGAUUGGCUCUCUGUUCACGCCGUUGUCCACUUUGAUGUCUCUCUACGCCGGCUGUGCAGUGUGCAUGAUCGCCUUCUGCGCAUGUUACGCGAUGAAUGUGUGGCAUGCCCAGAACUUCCCUUUCCUGACACAGCUCCUCUAUUCUCAGAAUGGCACUGAAUAUGAUCAACUGUCCAUUCUGAACCCGGACUUCACCUUGAACGAGGAGAAACUGGCAGUGCAGGGUCUUCCUUGGUAUGCAGCCUCUCAGCUCCUGUUCAAGAUUAGUCGGACGAUGUAUAUCGGAGCCGCGGUCACUCAUUUCUUCGUUUGGCACUUCCGCACUGUCUACAAGAUAGUCAGGAACUACCGAACAAAUGAUUGCGACGAUGCACACUACCGUAAGAUGAAGGUCUACAAAGAGCUAUCGAACUGGUGGUAUCUCGCCAUCCUAGUCGCCACGAUGGCAAUGGCAAUUGCCACCAGCUACGCCGCCAACUCUGGUCUGCCCUGGUGGGGCCUUAUCGUCGCCGUCUUUUUCGCCUGGAUGUUCGUACCGAUCAUUGGGACACUUUAUGCCACCGUCGGCUAUGCGCCAAGUAUCGAGAACAUGGUUCAGAUGCUUGGCGGAGCUCUCAUUCCAGGGAAGCCCGUAGCGAACAUGUAUUUCACCAUGUACGGAUAUAACCCUGUUGUGCAAGCACUCAGCCUUCUGCGAGAUCUUAAACUGGGCCAAUACACCAAGUUGCCUCCUAGAACAACAUUCGCGGUUCAAACCGUCGGAACGAUCAUUGGCGGUUUGCUCAAUUUCGUCGUCAUGAAGACGGUGAUCAAUGCACAACGAACGAUCCUACGGAGCGUACAAGGGACGAAUGUCUGGUCUGGCCAACAGGUCCAAUCGUACAACAGCGCGGCAAUUGCAUGGGGCGCACUUGGAAAGCCUCUGUACGCCACUGGCACACGUUACGGGUUUGUUCCUUACAUGCUCAUCGCGGGUUUGGGUUUCCCAAUUCCGUUCUGGCUCUUGCAUCGCAUGUACCCGAAAGUCGGCUUCAAUCUUGUCUUCACGCCCAUUCUCGUCGCCGAACUGGGCUAUUUGAGCGUCGGCAUCAACUCGAGCGUUUUCACGGCCUUCCUCCUGGCGAUUUUCUCUCAGUAUUAUCUAAGGAAGUAUCGUGCCACAUGGUUCCGUAAAUACAACUUCUUGUUGAGUGCAGCACUUGACGGUGGCACCUCGGUAAUAUACUUCUGA